CUGGUGGCCCUGGGGGUCCGGGUUGUCCUGGUGGUCCAUCCAUUCCAGGAUCUCCGGCUGGUCCUGGAGGUCCAGGCAUUGAUUUGCCGGGUACUCCAGGUGGUCCAUCGGGUCCAGGUGGUCCUGGAGGUCCGGGUGGUCCGGGUGGUCCCAUUGGGCCUGGUCCGCCAGGAACAAUUUGUCCAGGUGGUCCAGGUGGGCCAGGUGGUCCCAUUGAGCCAGCUGGACCAACUGGGCCAGGUGGUCCGGGUGGUCCUGGAGGUCCAGGCAUCGUUCCUGCGCCAUCAGGUCCUGGCAUGCCAGGUGGUCCUGGAGGUCCCUUCGGUCCUGGUGCUCCUGGUGGGCCGGGAGGUCCUGGUGGACAGUCGAAGCAGAAGUCGGCGGCCGUUGGAAUUGCAUUUGGUGGAGCAUCGCGUCCUGGAGCUCCGUCAUUUCCGGGUGCGCCAUCAGCUCCUUAAAUGA